AUGAAUGGGGCCUUGGCUGGGCUUCCUUCACAACCUCAACUGAAACAUCCUGUGCUUCGAGAGGCCGCCUGGGCUAGCAGGGCCUUCUCCGCAUCUACUGCCUUCACUCCUGUCUGUUCGCAGCACCUGUCCCAGCGGCAGAUCCUGCCUUUCCUGCUCUUGCGUCUCCCUCUGCGCCGGAAGCUCACUCAUACCCCUUGUGCCGCAGGCAGUGGAGUCCUAAUUAAGAAGCUGUUUGAGCUGCAGCCUGGGGAGAAGUGCUGUGUGGUAGGGACCCUCUUCAAGGCCAUGCUGCUCCAGCCCUCCAUCCUGCGGGAGGUCAGCGAAGAGCACAACCUGCUCCCCCAGCCUCCUCGGAGCAAAUACAUCCACGCAGAUGAUGAACUGAUCUUGGAAGAUGAACUGCAGCGUAUCAAACUGGCGGGCACCAUCGACGUGGCAAAGCUGGUCACAGGGACGGUCCUGGCUGUGCUGGGCUCUGCAGGAGACGACGGGAAGUUCCUGGUGGAGGACCACUGCUUUGCAGGGCUUGCUCCUCAGAAGCCCGCACACCCCCUCGACACGGACAGGUUUGUGCUGCUGGUGUCCGGCCUGGGCCUGGGUGGAGGCGGGGGCGAGAGCCUGCUGGGCACCCAGCUGCUGGUGGACGUGGUGACGGGGCAGCUUGGGGAUGAAGGGGAGCAGUGCAGCGCCGCCCACGUCUCCCGGGUCAUCCUCGCCGGGAACCUCCUGAGCCACAACACCCAGAGCAGAGAUUCCAUCAAUAAGGCCAAGUACUUAACCAAGAAAACCCAGGCAGCCAGCGUGGAGGCUGUCAAGAUGCUGGACGAGAUCCUCCUGCAGCUGAGCGCAUCUGUGCCCGUGGACGUGAUGCCAGGCGAAUUUGACCCAACAAACUACAUGCUCCCCCAGCAGCCCCUGCACCCCUGCAUGUUCCCACUGGCCACUGCCUACUCCACGCUCCAGCUGGUCACCAACCCCUACCAGGCCACCAUCGACGGAGUCAGAUUCCUGGGGACGUCGGGACAGAACGUGAGUGACAUCUUCCGGUACAGCAGCAUGGAGGACCACUUGGAGAUCCUGGAGUGGACCCUGCAAGUCCGUCACAUCAGCCCUACAGCCCCUGACACCCUAGGUUGUUACCCUUUCUAUAAAACCGACCCGUUCAUCUUUCUGGAGUGCCCUCACGUCUACUUUUGUGGCAGCACCCUCAGCUUUGGCUCCAAAAUCAUCCGAGGCCCCGAGGACCAGACAGUGUUGCUGGUGGCUGUUCCGGACUUCAGUGCCACACAGACCGCCUGCCUUGUGAACCUGCGCAGCCUGGCAUGCCAGCCCAUCAGCUUCUCAGGCUUCGGGGCAGAGGAGGAGGACCUGGGAGGCCUGGAUCUGGGCCCCUGACUCACAAAGGCGGCCUUGUCCAGAGAGGCCCCGGCUAUUCCUUCCCUGUGGCGUCAGCACCAUGGCAGCUUUUGCUUUGUAAAUAAAGCCUGAGUGUUUCCUGGUGUUGAGCUGGGCAGACCCGGUGGCGGGCCGGGGCACUCCUGUGGAGGGAGCCUCCCUCCUCCUCCCCUCUUCCAGCUGGUCAGGAUGGCAA